GGCGGUACGGCUGUUUCGGUCCCUUAGGAAAAGAAGGCGCCAAAGCCUUCGCGGACAGGGUGACGUCGCCGUCGCAAAGAUCCCCCACUACUUAUCCUCCACGUCAUCACUCGCUUCCGUCGUUGGGCGGCGAGCAUGGGCCCCACUGACACUAACCGGGUGAGCAGUUCGCCUGGGCGGUCGAUCCGUAAGGGGAGUGCGGAUCUCAUACCGACGGGUGAGAUCGUUUGGCAUCACGAGCACCGACGGCGGAUGAAUGCGCUCGCAGACAAGAUCUCUGUACUUAACCACGGUUAGUUCCUUAACCCCGUAUCGCCGCCACGGCGGGGUUCCAUAGAGACCGAGGGGAGGUCGGGGAACGGGGCGGAGAGAAGAGUGGGAUCGCGGCCGUCGGUUCCAGCUGAGUCGAUCUCCGAUCUCCUUGGUAAGAGGGCUUACCCUGCUGUGCUUCGUGUGUCUUUUGCCUCUUCCGUGCGCACCAAGGAGAGGAAGAAGACGCUCUCCACAUUGGCUUUUCUGGCCUGGUUUCCAUGUCUCCUAACCUGCCGGCACAGAUGGCAGUUGCAGUCUUAAGGAGUACCACUAGCGGUGACUUCCAUGACGACAGAGCUAGCGAGGGAAAGCCUGUGGGGAGGCGGCGUGUGUUCAUCCAGACGGAGACUGGCUGCGUGUUGGGGAUCGAGUUAGAUCGGCAGGACAAUGCCCACACGGUGAAGAGGAGGCUGCAGCUCGCUCUCCAUGUCCCCGCCGAGGAGAGCUCGCUCGUGUUCGGUGAUCUUGUGUUGAAGAACGAUCUCAGCGCCAUUCGUGGCGACUCCCCACUGCUUCUCACGAGAAGCUCGAUGCACAGGAGCUCCUCCACCCCCUGCCUCUCCCCGGGCGUAAAGGACCUCCACCAGAGCGACUCGAGCGGGCCAGUUGAGAUGCUGGGCUGCUCCAGUCGCCGUGCUCCAAUGAAACAGCUCGUCGGGGACGCCGUGAAGGCUAUCAGACGCGGUGUCGAUCCCGUACCCGUGCACAGUGGGCUCGGAGGUGCGUACUACUUCAGGAACAGCAGCGGCGACAAGGUCGCGAUCGUGAAGCCGACGGAUGAAGAGCCAUUGGCACCCAACAAUCCCAAAGGUUUCGCCGGGAAAGCUCUCGGGCAACCAGGCCUGAAGAGAUCCGUGCGUGUUGGCGAGACCGGCUUCAGGGAGGUGGCUGCGUACCUUCUUGACCAUGGGAGCUUCGCACGCGUUCCUCCGACGGCGCUUGUAAAGAUCACCCACUCGGUGUUCCAUGUCAACGUUGGAUUGAGUAGCGGCAACACCUGCAGCAGAAAGCGACAGUGUAUCAGCAAGAUCGCUUCGUUCCAGCAGUUCAUCCCGCAUGACUUCGAUGCCAGCGACUACGGCACGUCGAGCUUCCCUGUCUCUGCGAUCCACAGAAUAGGGAUGCUCGAUGUACGAAUCCUCAACACGGAUAGGCAUGCUGGGAAUCUGCUGGUGAGGAAGGUUGAGACUGGGGAUGGUAGACUUGGGGGAUGGAUGGACCUGAUCCCCAUAGAUCAUGGCCUCUGCUUGCCGGAGAGCAUGGAGGAUCCCUAUUUCGAGUGGGUCCACUGGCCACAGGCAUCGGUACCGUUUUCUGAAGACGAGUUAGAGUACAUUGCCAAUCUCGAUCCGACGAGAGAUUCCGACAUGCUUCGGAUGGAGCUGCCGAUGAUCCGUGAAGCCUGCCUUCGAGUUCUGGUCUUGUGCACGAUCUUUCUCAAGGAAGCAGCAAGAAUCGGGCUUUGCUUGGCGGAGAUCGGUGAGAUGAUGAGCAGAGAGUUGAGGGGAAUGGAGGAAGAACCCAGCGAGCUGGAGGUCGUUUGCAUGGAGGCGAGGAGGUUAGUAGCAGAAAGAGAGGUACUAAGUCCAAAAGCAGAGUUAAAGGACGAGGAGGAAGAAGGCUUACACUUUCAUGUCGAAUGCAAAGAGGAUGAUCAGGAUAACACGUACAAUUCAUUGCAAGCAUUCAGAAAGCAUCCGCCAAAGUUGGAGGAGAGCAUCGAGGAAGAUGAGGAGAUCACUGACUUCACACAUGUUCGUGAGGAGUCUGCUGCAUCACUGAAGGGUGUCAACCUCACUGAAACAACUAAGAGAAACCAGACUGGUAAGGCAUAUGAUAGGGAUGAAACACUUCCUUUUGGCACGAGUUUUGUGAGGCUGGCAGACAUGAGUGAGGAGGAAUGGGGAGCUUUUCUUGAGAACUUCCAGGUGUUGUUGCAGAGUGCAUUCCAUGAUCGAAAGUGUUUGGCCACAAAACAGAGGCAGAAGCAGAGGCUGGGGAUAGCAUAAUAAUAGCAUACAAUUUGGUGAGGGAGGAGGAAGUGAGCUUGUGAUGCUCCUGUGUAUUUUCAGCUUGUAGCUGCUAGAAAUAAAACCUUCAAAAAGUGGACAUGAAUAAUGUUAGGCCAUGGCUGCUUGAAAUAAAACUUGAUCAUGUAUAUUGCAAUCUAAUUUGCAUAUUGUCUGCAAUGGUCUUUGGAUUGUUUUUAUCAACCUGUUU